AUGGUGUCUGUGGACGCUGUUGGUAGGUCAGGGGGUUUGAUCAGCAUGUGGGAUCCUUAUGUGUUUGAAUAUAUUGAUGUUAUCAGAGAACAAAGAUUCAUAGUGGUGCAAGGUAGCAUUAAACAUACUGGAGAAUUAAUUAACAUAGUUAACGUGUAUGCUUAUAAUGAUCCGGUAGAACGUAGGGCCCUAUGGGAGGAGUUGCUUUUGCUAAAGAAGUCGUUAGAAGGUAUGUGGGUGUUCGGUGGGGAUUUUAAUGACGUCAGGGAUCCGAGUGAAAGAUUCAAUUCUGAUUUCGUAGCCUUGAACGCUGAAUGGUUUAACUGGUUUAUUGAAAGAGCAGACUUGGUGGAGUACCAUAUGGGUGGGCGAAAAUUUACGUAUCAUUCAGAUAAUGGGGUACACAAAAGCAAAUUGGAUCGGUAUUUGGUUUGUAGAGAGUUUCAGGCAAAUGGCCGGCUGCUUCAGCUGUUGCUUUGUCCAAUGUGGUCUCGGACCACUGUCCAAUCUUGA